AUGUACAAAGCCGAUUACUACAAAGCAUUGUCAGUUUUAAUCAGUUUUAUUUUGAAUGCUAGUGGAUACAAUGGCAUUCAAGUGACUUCAGGAAUGCUAAAAACAUUAGAUCAUUCAACUAUAGCAACAAAAAUCGAAGCUGAUUUUAUACGGGAAGAUGAUAAGUUUGUUUCAUUGCUCAGUAAAGAUAAAAAUCGUAAAAAAUUCCAUGAAGACUUCUGUUUGUUUAUUUCUACAUUAGUAUAUCAAUGCCAAUACUCGAUCAUUUACGAUAAUUUUUUUAUGCAAAAUGUAAUUUCGAUGCUGACUUGUCUAUCGAAGGUAAAACUACAAAUUCUUCGAUACACUUCUACAUUGGCAGGUAUAAAAUUAAUGACGGCAUUGGCAGAAAUUGAAUCGAAAUUAUCUGUAAAUUGUAAUUAUGCCAUACGUCAAGUCGAGGCAGAAGAAGCGAAAGAUUUGGGAAGGCAAAUGCCUGACCGAUUAGAAACACUCAUUGAAAAGCGAGAUGAAUUACUUGAAAACCAAGAGGAAUUGCAAAAGAUGAUCAAGAGUAUAUUCAAAUAUAUUUUUACACAUCGUUACAAAGACUUCGACCCAGAUAUUCGUGCGAACUGUUAG